AUGGCAACCGCAAGAAAAGAAGCAAGCGCGUCGGUGAAAGGGAAGAGCGGCACUUCCCCUUCGAAUUCGAAGCCUUCUCCAAGAAAGCCUGCCGCUUCCUCUACACCUUCCGGUUCCACUGAGAAACAAUUGCCAAACUAUCUCAAGCCCACGAAAAGUUCACGCACUGAUGCUGCUGCUCCCAAGGCUACAAAGAAACCUGCGACCGAAGACCCCUCCCAAAGCCCCAAUGUUAUCAGGAGAAGGUCGUUUGAUAGGCCUACAUCGGCUGCUCGAGCUCAGAAGGAACUCGUCUCUCCCGUACGUCCUAAAACGGCAACGGCAGCGACAUCCUCGUCUCGUUCUUUGACUUCGAAACCUGGUGCUGUUGCACCCAAGGCGCCCUUGGAGAGGGUUGCCAAAAAGCCGAAUGCUCCGACGAAAUCACAGACAUCGACGGUGUCUUCGUCUAGGAGCUCGCACAAGUCUCCUACUACUACUAGUACUAUUAGCACUAAGACUAGGAGGGGACGAUCGACUCCUGCUUCGGCUUCAAAGAAACCUCCUAGCAGUCCUCGUUCUUUGACUUCGAAACCUGGUGCUGUUGCACCCAAGGCGCCCUUGGAGAGGGUUGCCAAAAAGCCGAAUGCUCCGACGAAAUCACAGACAUCGACGGUGUCUUCGUCUAGGAGCUCGCACAAGUCUCCUACUACUACUAGUACUAUUAGCACUAAGACUAGGAGGGGACGAUCGACUCCUGCUUCGGCUUCAAAGAAACCUCCUAGCAGUCCUGACAGAAAGGAAGCCCAGUCUGUUGAAACGGAGCGUGAAAAUAAAGAAAAUUUGGGUCAUCAAGUUGAGCCUGAGAAUGAGGAGGUUGUGAAAGAUGAUCAAGGUGAAGUGGAUGAUACAGAAACACCAAAAGCUGAUCAGGGUGAAGCGGAUGAUACCAGAACACCAAAAUAUGAUCAGGAUGAAGCGGAUGAUGCUAGAACACCAAAUGCUGAUCAAGGUGGAGCGAACGAUGCCAUAGCACCCAAUGCUGAUCAAGGUGGAGCGUAUGACGCCAUAGCACCAAACGCUGCUGAUCAAGGUGAAGCGGACGAUACCAAUCUACCAAAAGCUGAAGAGAGUAGAGCCACUGAAGCCAUGGUGGUAGCGGAAGACGAAGAUUCUACUCAAGUCACGAGUGUUGUUGAUAAACGAGGAGCAUAUACCGAUGAUAUUUCUAGUGCAAUUUCGGAACAACAAAGCGGACGUGAUAUUUCUAGUGCAGUUUCGAAACAACAAAACAAACGUGAUAAUUCUAGCGCAGUGUCGGAACGACAAAACGAACUUGAUAGUUCUAAUGCAGUUUCGAAACAACAAAACGAACGUGAUAAUUCUAGCGCAGUGUCGGAACAACAAAACGAACUUGAUAGUUCUAGUGCAGUUUUGGAACGACAAAAGGAACAUGAGCCUAUGCCUGACCCUGAACCUGUGUUUGAGCUUGAACCUGAGCCUCAUACCGAAACAGUGAAAGAUAAGGUUGAGGAAGUAAAAUCUGAUCAUACUCCUCAACAUGAUGGUCCAGUUAAGGAGAAUCUAAUAAAAGAGGAGAUCAUUGAUGGUGAUGACCCCCAACAUGAAAAGAUUCACUGUAAGGAUAGGGAGGCGACAACUGAAACCGAACAUGGAGGAGAGCAUGAUGCAACCGAAGAGGUGGGUAAUACUAAAGAAAUCGAAGCAGAAGAACCUAGGCAGGAGGAGGAUAAUGAAGGAAGUCUGCAGCAGAGGCUUGAAUUCAGUAAAGAAGAAACGGUUCAAGAAUUAGAUGCAGAGCAAAAGGCAGAGCCUGAGGCAGAAACGAAGGCAGCGUCAGAAGUAAAGACAGAGCCAAAUAUAGAAGUAAAGAAGGUGAUAAAGGCAGAGCCAAAGACAGAGAUAAAGGCAAAGGCAGACACAGAGGCAAAGAUAGUGAUAAAGGAAGAACAAAAGACGGAGGUAAAGGCAGAAGCCAAGACAGUGGCAAAGGCAGAGGCAGACACAGAGGGAAAGACAGUAGUAAAGGCAGAGCCAAAGGCAACAAAUAUUGUCGUCAAGAACCAAGUACAAGGAACGAAGGUAUCCGCAACAUCGUACAAUAAUGUGAUCGAGGAAACAGCCACUGAGCUAGUACAACAGAGGAGGAACAAAGUUCUCGCACUGGUUGGGGCAUUUCAGAAUGUCAUAGAUAAAGAAACUUCUAAAGCCAGAUCAACAUGA